UCUUGUACCGGAUGCUUAAAUCGUGAAGGAGGCUCGCGGACGGAUGGACACAGGUGCGACAGACAACCUGCGGAGACGCACGAGGAGCGCGCGAGCCUGCCGCAGACUACAGCCGGGAGCACGAGCGGCGGAGGAGUCCAACGUGCUGCGGAGUCUGAGCGUGGGAAACCCGGAAGCGGACCAUGACAUGGAGGGGGGUGGCUCCGGACUCUGGAAGCAGGACGGCCUGGAGCGGAGGAUCAUGGCGCCCCGGUACAACCUGCUCCGGGAGGUGGGCAGGGGGUCGUACGGAGUGGUGUACGAGGCGGUGGCGCGGAGGACCGGAGCCCGAGUGGCCGUGAAGAAGCUACGGUGUGACGCGCCGGAGAACGUGGAGCUGGCGCUGCAGGAGUUUUGGGCGCUGGCCAGCCUGGAGAAACGGCACGAAAACGUGGUUCAACUGGAGGAGUGCGUGCUGCAGAGGAACCGGGUGGCCCAGAAGAUGAGUCACGGGAACAAACGGUCCAAGCAGUACCUGCGGCUCGUGGAGACCUCGCUCAAAGGUGAGCGGGUGCCCGGCCCUCCAGAGGAGCCUUGUUACCUGUGGUUCGUCAUGGAGUUCUGUGAAGGCGGAGACCUCAAUCAGUACAUUCUGUCACGCCGCCCUGACCAGCGGACCAACAACAGUUUCAUGCUGCAGCUGACCAGCGCUGUGGCGUUCCUGCACAAGAACAACAUCGUCCACAGAGACCUGAAACCCGACAACAUCCUCAUCUCGGAGAAGUCCGGCACGCCGGUCCUCAAGGUGGCUGACUUCGGCCUGAGCAAAGUGUGCGCCGGUUUAGGAAACACCGGAGAGGGUAAAAGUGGUGAGGACAAGAACAAAAACAUCAACAAGUUCUGGCUGUCGUCGGCGUGCGGCUCAGACUUCUUCAUGGCCCCCGAGGUGUGGGAGGGACACUACACCGCCAAGGCGGACAUAUUCGCCCUGGGCAUCAUCAUCUGGGCAAUGCUGGAGAGAAUCACGUUCAUCGACGCCGAGUCAAAGCGCGAGCUGCUCGGCACGUACGUGAGACACGGGGCGGACAUCGUGCCGGUGGGGGAGGCGCUGCUCGAGAAUCCAAAGAUGGUUCUGAACAUCCCUCAGAAACGCCGCUCGUGCAUGUGUGACGGCGUGAGGAAGCUGCUGCAGGACAUGCUCGCUGUCAACCCUCAGGACCGGCCCGACGCCUUCCAGCUGCAGGCCAGGAUGGACAAGGUGACGUGUGCUGCGUGACCCCGACCUGAGCGUCUACAGACUGCUGCUGCUUGACAGCGGAGCCUCGUCCUCCUUUGAUGUGAACCCGGAGGAGAAGCAGUUUGUCGUCAACGUGCAGACUUCACAGACGAUGGAGGACGCCUUCGUCCAAUCAGAGGACAGGAGACAGACUCUGAUGUUCACGCUGCUGUGAGAUGAAUACUUGAAUAAGUUCACAACCACCAGACGAGUUCAGACCAAACAGGAAGAGAGUUCUUUUCAAAAUAAAGCUGGCUCCACAUGAGACCGUUAGAGGGUCCCUCGCCGUGUGGAGUCAGAAACUUCAUGUCUGAUAUUUAGGAUUCCAGAUCUCUGACCUGCAACAGCCAAUGAGAGUGAGCGGACCGAGUGAUUGUUUGAAGGUCACAUGACCACACAUCCACAGAACUUAAAUGACACUAUGAACUCGAUUUAAACUAAAUCAAGACUACGUUCAUCUUAAACUUUACUGUCGGUGCACGUAGCAGCCAUUUUGGAUUUAAGGCGGGGUAACUGAGACGUACGAGCUGCAGGGACGGUGACCCGCAGGUCUGAUAUUCAGACCGACAGACGGUCCAUGAAUUGUAGGAACAUGGUGGAAAAAGUUUUAGCCUUCAGCGAGCGCCAAGCGCCAUCUGAACUCACCCUGUUCAGACGGCUUCCUCUCGCAAAAGCUCUGUCACUAAGCUCCGCCCUCAUCGCGUCUUUGGAUGUUCAUAUUGAUUCUGUGACGGCGUGAUAUUGGCGUCCCGGUCUGUGAGGUCACGGCACAGCGGGAGCUCAACAUGCGCGUGCACGCACGCUCACACAGUUCACACACACACAGUUCACACACACACAGUUCACUCACACACACACACAGUUCACACACACACACACAGUUCACACACACACACACACACAGUCAGACACACAAACACACACAGCGUCUCUCCUCUGUAACCCCUCUGAAGACGGGACGGGGGGGGGGGGGGUCACUUCUUCCCCCCUUUACGUCUCAAUGACAUUCAGACUUGAAGGAUAAAUCACAAGUUUGUUUGUUCUUUCCACAGUCGGUGACCCUUUAGUGUAAAAGCUGUACGUUUGAGAAUCGCUCCACGCUGCCUUCAGACGGCGUCUGAGCUAGGUUAGACGAGGGAGCGGCAGACUCCAGCUGUGAUUGGAGGAUGGACUGGUCCGUCUCUCGCCCUCUCUCUCUCUCUCUCUCUCUCUCUCUCUCUCUCUGGUCAGUCUCAGGCCUGAUAUUAAACUGUGAUAAACGUUAAAGGGAGAACGGCGUCUGAAUGUCGAUACCGUUGUCCUGAAACUGAAGUUUAGAUCCCGUUCUGUUUUUUUUAUCUACCUCAUGUUUCUGCACGUUUCACUAUUUUUUUUUUUUUUCUUUGCCGAGCCGUCGACAUUCCUCUGAGAUGAAACGUCACAGGAAGCGAUCGGGGUUUACUUGAAUCCUCACUGUCAGAUUCUGAUGCAUUGUGGGAAAUAAUGGUUUCCAUGACUUCUGUGUCCUUGUUUCUGUUUGUUGACCUGAGAUAUGCUAACGUUCCAGGUGACUUUAUUUGAGAUGUUGUGAUCAGAUGAUGUGAGGAGGAGAGGCUCCACCUGUAUAUCUCACAAUGUGUUUCUGUACAGGUGUGCACGAUGACCUCGCUUUGUUCACCUGUGUCUCAGGAUGCAGUGUGGAAGUGAAUGGGUUGAUUGUUCCUCAUGCUGCUGGGUCGGGUUGGGUUCAGACGACUUUGAGUUCCUACAGUUACAGUCGUCGUACGUGUUCUUAAAGCCAUGCUUGAUUUUUCUACUGCUGACUUCGUACAUAUCAGGGCUGUGCUUCAAUAAAGGCUGAAAUACCUCAAA